CAAGAAAGAGUUUCAAAUCCAGUCCUAAACGAACCCAAAUAUGAUGAGUGACGAAGAACCAAAACAAAGCCCUGAAAACGGAAAAUAUUCCCCACCAAAACAACCAGACACAAUCGAAAACGGCGAAAAAAUUGAUACCAUGCUCAGCCCGGGGUUCAGAUCCGUGGCUGCAAUGGCCGGUUGGGAUGAAGAGACGCUUCUAAUCGCAAGUUCUGUCGUGGAAGACACACCCGAUCGCGGUCCCAAACAGACGAAACGCCCCGAUUUACACUUCAAGACUCCACCAACCAAUUCAAGAAGAAAACGCAGGGCCGCCCAGAGGAAGAGUCCUGUUUCCACACCUGUAGAGGUUCUUAACCUUGAUGAAGAUGAAAGUACCAAAGAAGAAUGUGUGAAAACGAAGACAGAGCCCAAAAUCAAAGCCAAUGAAUUUAAUAAAACAAAUAACGACGAGGAGUCGAUUGCACAGGGCUCUGGUGAUUCUUGUUCAAGUUCGGCUAUUCCGUGCAUGGACAAACUCCGGGAAGAGCUUUCUUGCGCAAUUUGUUUGGAGAUUUGCUUCGAACCCAGCACCACUCCUUGUGGUCACAGUUUUUGCAAGAAAUGUUUGAGAUCUGCGGCAGACAAAUGCGGGAAGCGAUGUCCAAAGUGCAGGCAGCUCAUUAGCAAUGGAAGAUCCUGCACUGUGAACACGGUUCUGUGGAAUACUAUACAGCUCCUGUUUCCACAAGAGAUCCAAGCAAGGAAGGCAGCUGCAGCCUCAAAGGGGGGCCAAGAAGCAGAAGAGCUUCAAAGUCUUGCCGGAAUGAGUCGUUAUAAUGUGCGAAACCGGACUGUACUUGCAUUAGAAAGUCCCGAGGCCGAACGCCAAGUCCCAGAAAGGAGGAGCCAUCACAGGCUGAGAAAUCAAGGUGUCCAGCCUUCCGAGAUAUCGAGCAGAGGAGGAGAUGGUGUGAGGAGACGAAGAGAGGUGCCAAGCCAAGAUGAGGAUGCUGCAUUGGCUUUGAGAUUGCAGAGAGAAGAGUUCAUGGAUGCUUAUAGAGGAGGCACUGACGAGCAAUACAGAAGCUCUUUUACAUCAGCCAGAGCAAACUUGAGAGCUAUGGCAUCUAGAGCCAUUAAUGUCCGUCUUAGAGGCCGGCCAACCUAGAGCUUAAUUUGUCAUUGCUUGUUCUAAACAUUCUGCAAACCUAAUACUUACUUAUUUUUUUUGGUUUACCCGUUAACGGUAUCCGAACCAAUUUUUG